UGCAGAUCCAAGGCCGAGCUGACGCCGACGAAUGGGUCACGACCUUCAAGAUAAUGUAUUAUGAUGGUGCAAACGCCUCCUGGGUCACCUACAAGGCAGACUCUGGACAAGAGGUCUUUGCUGGAAACACGGACCGCACGACCGUUGUAAAACAUACCUUACAGCCUCCCGUUCUUAGCACGAAGAUCAGGGUCAACCCUCAGGCCUGGCAUUCCGCCAACAUUUCCAUGAGACUCGAGUUCAACGGAUGCUCUCAAGCGGAACAGCUUUUCUACGAUGUGAGCUGCAUGCGCUGUGAGACCGCGUAUUACUGUGAAGGCGAUGGUGUUCAGAAACCCUGCGGUCGUUGUUUAGGUAACGGAACCUGUGACCGGAACCCAGUGGAACACUCAUUCGGUUUGGCCUCUGAAUGCACAACCUGCCCGCCUGGAUGGAUAUGUUCUGACGGCUAUGCCAAACCAUGUGAGCUAUACCACUAUGCAGAAUGUACCAACACCUCAUGUCCAGGGUCGUGUACCCUUUGUGAAAAGGGGUACGCUUGCCACGCGGGUAUCAGGACAAAAUGCGAGGCGGGAUCAUAUUCGGACGGAAACACAGAGCAUUGUAUUCCUUGUUUGGCGGGCACCUAUCAGAACAAUACUGGAGCAAGCUCGUGCAUCACGUGUGACCCUGGUUACUAUAGCGCCACGAGGAAAACCGUUUGUGAUAGAUGUGCCCCAGAGGAGUACACGGACGGGACAUCCGGCUGUUUGCUGUGUCAGGACGCAGUUCAGUGUCCUUGUCUCAAUGGAAACAAGUGCUACGACUACUCUUACUGCUACAAUACAGGAUCACGUGAUUCUGGAUGCGUGCCUUGCGGAGCUGGUCUUAAAGGAGACGGUGUUAACUGUACAGAUAUCGAUGAGUGUUACAAGUACAAGCCCUGUUUCAUGGACCGUUGCAUCAACACUGAGCCCGGGUACCAAUGUCUUGAGUGUCCCGAGGGAUACACGGGAACCUAUGAAGAUGCGUACACCUGGGACAAGCACAGGCGGGUGUUCAUCUAUAAGAACCUCGAGAGGUCAAACUUUACCAACCAGACUUGCGAGGAUAUCAACGAGUGUGCGGUAAACAACGGCGGAUGUGACCCAUUGAUGAAGUGUGUCAAUACAAUCGGCAGUUACUACUGUAGUUUCUGUGCCUCGGGUUACAUGGGGACCAACAAAAGCGGCUGUUACCUAGACAACUUCUGUAUAUCAAAAGCGCAUACUUGUAUACCGGAGGCUGACUGCGUGUACCUAGGACCAGCACAGUAUAGAUGCGUGUGCAAAGCCGGUUACGCCGGUCCAGGCAAUUUGUGCGGACUAGAUUCCGACAACGACGGCUUCCCGGAUGUUGGAAUCCCGUGUCUGGACUGGGGAUGUAAACGGGAUAUUUGCCGUAUCAUAUCAAAUAGCAUGCAGGAAGACACCGAUGGGGAUUCGUUCGGUGACAAUUGUGAUGACGACGAUGAUAGUGACGGGCGAUAUGAUUGGCUGGACAACUGUCAGUUUGUGUCCAAUUUCAACCAAACUGAUGCGGACGGUGACUGGGUGGGUGAUGCUUGCGAAGAUUGCCGCAACGUAAGCAACCCUUACCAGAAGGAUGUGGACUUAAACGGUGUCGGUGACGCAUGUGAUCCAUAUAAUGACACUGACGGUGAUGGAGUUCCCGAUACCUCUGACAACUGCCCCAAUAUUUUUAACUCGGACCAGGCUGACUCAAAUGACAACUUUGUGGGUGAUGUUUGCGAUGAAUCUGGUACGACUAACAUCGACAGAGAUGGCGACAGUGUUACAGACAAUGUCGACAACUGCCCCGAUUAUAUGAAUGCGGACCAAAGUAAUAUUGAUGGCGUCGAUGGAGGUGACAUGUGCGAUACUGACAUUGAUGGCGAUGGUAUCAACAACAGCAUAGACACCUGUCCAUAUCUGAAAAACACCGACAAUACAGACACCGAUGGGAACGGCGUGGGGGACGCAUGCGAGGGGGAUACAGACGGCGACGGUAUCGCCGACAAGAACGACACGUGCCCCUUCAACCCGACAAUACAGACCACCUCGUUUAAGUCAUAUUUCACCGUGAACCUGGACCCGUCAUUGACCACUGCAAUGCCGAGGUGGCUUGUGAAAAAUAAUGGAGGGGAAAUCAUGCAGUUGGCACACACGGGAAUGCCAACCAUGUUGAUUGGAAAACAAAGGUACGGAGCCGUGGAAUUCAAAGGUACCUGGUUUACAACGCAGUCCUCAGCAGACAAAUAUUUCGGGUUCGUGUUCGGCUAUACGAACAACCGAAAGUUCUACGUCGUCAUGUGGAAGGGAGUUCACUACAACUACAAGGAUGGGGGUGAUUCCACAUACAAAGGCGGUAUUCAGGGGGUGCAUAUUAAGCUUAUCGACUCCUCGUACGGGCCCAAUUCGACUUUAGCAGAGGCGCUUUGGCACAGCUACAGUACCCCUGGUAUAUCUACCAUGAUAUGGCAGGACCCCAAGAUGCAGGGUUGGCAGCCCAAAAAGUCCUACAGAUGGUACCUUACACACUUGCCCACCACUGGAUACAUCAAUUUGAAGGUGUACCAAGGUACUACGCUGAUGGCCGACUCUGAGGCCCUAUACAACAGCGCUAUUACUGGUGGCCGUCUGGGCGUGUUCCAGUUUGGCGAGUUCCCGAUGAUCUGGUCCAACCUGCGAGCCGACUGCCUCGAGCACACCAACCAGGGACUGUACAUGAACGGCGUGGACAACUACGUGGAGCUGAAUGAUGCCAUUGAACUCGGUCUAGAAUAUAGUUUUACCAUUGAAGCAUGGAUAUAUUUAGACGCGGGAUACACUUCCGGUCCGUACCCGGUGUUCUGCGCAGGCAGCGAGUUCAUCUGCCUGUCUAUAGUUGCCGGAAAGGUUGUUGGUGUCUAUGGGAACUACACUGUGACGUCAUUGCAGACACUCGAAGCUGCGCAGUGGUAUGACGUCAUCUUUCGGUACAGAAUUGAGGACGAGGAGCUGACUAUAUUCAUAGACAGUGUCUCAAGCAAUACAGCAAGCAAUGUGAUGAAGUAUAAUUUGACGGUUGAAGCGGAAUCAUCGAACCUGACGAUGUUCAUUGGACGAGAUUCAAGGAAUUAUUUCAGGGGAACAAUAGAUGAAGUACGAAUAUACAACGAAGGUUUGCAAGACGAUGAGAUAGAGGAGCACGUGGCGAUGGCGUCCGUGGAACGUCCGGUCCUCAAGGCGUACAACGUCCUGCAUUUUCGGAUGGAGGACUCGAUGAACUCUACGAAUCUGGUGAACUCGGGCAAACUCAAGGAACUUACGGCCAUCAGGAAUGGGGGCGUAUUUGUCACGAGCUAUGAGCAGUUCAAGCAAUUCAGGAUCGGCUAUCCAAACAAUCGUUAGAGACAAGAAUGGUGAUCAAUGAUCGAUUUGAUAGCGAAAAAUACUUAUUGAAAGUAUAUUUUAUUUAGCAUUUAUUUCUUUGCUUAUUUUUAAAAUUAUUAUUUUACGUUGUAUUUUGAUGAACGCUAUAUAUGUAUUUGUCAUGUUGGUGAAGGACUUGUUAAUGUUAUUUCAAUGCCAUACACGUUUCUACGACGAAUUUGCGGUAGAGAUACAUGCGUGAUUGUAUGUAAAUCAUAAGAACAGUUUGCUGCAUGACGAAACGAGAAGAGCGAAAAUGUUAAAAGACUAGAUGUUUGCCGUAAAAAAAUAUUUGCACAGUUUACCGGUUCUUUUGGACCUUUAAAUACUCCUUAAUUAUUAACAUAAUCCUUCUUUUGUAGAAAAUAUUUAUGAAAGGGUUCUAAUAGUUUUCUCUAUGCAAUACUAAAACAACAUAACUUCGUAUUAUAUUUAGUGUUUACUGUUUGCUAAUAAACAUUCUUUGUGAAAAAAG